CCAGUUGAUCAGAUUAGAGGCGUCAGGGCUGGUUAAUCUGUGAAGGAGGGGACAGACCGCCACUCACGCUGCUCUAAAGUCACCGCUCCCAUUCACCGGCGGAGAGGCGGAGAGCGCGGCGGGGAAUUUCCCCCUCUCUCUCUUUUUUUUUUUAAAACAAUGGAUACCUGCAGGGUGCGAGCCUGGGUGUUUCUGCUCUUAUUCUGGCAGGACGGGUCUCUGGCAUCGCAGUUUCCGACACAGCUCAUGAUUAAAGAAUGGGUUGAUCAGAUGCAGAAAGAGCUCGUCACCCUGGCAGACACCGCCACAGCCGGGAAGAGCCUCACUCAGAUUUUCCUGAGCAACCAAAACCUGUACACUGUGGAGCAAAAUGACGCAGAGGAGCUGGUGGCCAGAGCAGCAACAAAAAUUGAGCAGCUGCUGCGGAAGAGGUCCGCUGCCUUGGAGAAACUGGCCACAGCUGCUGAGAACUUCCAGAUGGAGCAUCAGUGGAGAGACGAGUUUGAGGAUGAUGAAAUCGGCUACUACAACGCCAAAGACAACCUGGAUGCAAAUGAGACAGAGGGGAGAAAAUACAGGAUCCGACCAGACUUUAAAGAGGACUCAUUAUUUAGACGACUGACCGACCACAACCACACGGCCGUCCACAUCCCCACUGACAUAUAUGAUGGCUCCACCAUUGUGCUGAAUGAGCUGAACUGGACCGAGGCUUUGGAGGACGUGUUUCGAAAGAACAGAGAGGAUGACCCCACGCUCCUCUGGCAGGUGUUUGGUAGCGCUACAGGCCUGGCACGCUACUACCCAGCCUCUCCCUGGAUGGAUGCUCGAAAGACGCCCAGUAAAAUCGACUUGUAUGACGUCCGCAGGAGGCCAUGGUACAUUCAAGGAGCCUCCUCACCCAAAGACAUUCUAAUCCUCGUGGAUGCAAGCGGGAGCGUGUCUGGCUUGACUCUCAAACUGAUCAAGACAUCUGUCAGCGAGAUGCUGGAAACUCUGUCUGAUGACGACUAUGUCAACGUGGUUUAUUUUAAUACCAGGGUGAAGAAAACGGCGUGUUUCGAACACCUGGUGCAGGCCAACGUGAGGAACAAGAAGCUGCUGAAGGACGCCGUGCAGAACAUCACGGCGAAGGGAAUCACCAACUACACCAAAGGCUUCGAGUUUGCUUUCGAGCAGCUGUCUGUGAUGAAUGUGAGCAGAGCAAACUGCAAUAAGAUCAUCAUGCUGUUCACGGACGGAGGCGAGGAAAGAGCUCAGGCCAUAUUGGAGAAGUACAAUGCUGACAAAAAGGUGAGGAUCUUCACCUUCUCAGUAGGACAGCACAACUACGAUAAAGGACCCAUUCAGUGGAUGGCCUGUUCCAACAAAGGUUACUUCUAUGAGAUUCCUUCAAUUGGAGCCAUCAGAAUAAACACACAGGAGUACCUGGAUGUCCUGGGAAGACCGAUGGUUCUGGCCGACCAGCAGGCCAAACAAGUCCAGUGGACUAACGUAUACCUCGAUGCUCUGGAACUUGGACUGGUCAUCACUGGAACACUUCCGGUCUUCAAUAAAACAAAGACCAGAGACGACAAGAAUGGCGAGUACCAGAAUCAGUUGAUUCUUGGCGUAAUGGGAAUUGACGUUUCUCUUGGCGACAUCAAGAAGCUCACACCACGCUUCACGAUUGGUCCAAAUGGUUACUACUUUGCCAUUGAUCCCAAUGGAUAUGUCCUGCUGCAUCCCAAUCUCCAGCCAAAGAAUCCGAAAUUCCAGGAACCAGUUACCCUGGACUUCUUGGAUGCUGAACUCGAGAAUGACAUCAAAGUGGAGAUCAGGAGAAUGAUGAUCGACGGUGAGACGGGCGAGCGGACCAUUGACACUCUGGUUAAAACACAGGAUGAGAGGUACAUAGAUCGAGGAGUCAGGACCUACACGUGGGCUCCGGUCAAUGGAACAGAUUACAGCCUGGCUCUUGCUCUGCCUAAGUACAGUGAACACUUCAUUCAAGCUAAGCUGGGGGAUGACAUGAGAGAAGCCAUGUCUUCAACUUGGGGGCAGAAAGCCAUGGACACCAUACAGCUGGAGAGGUUCGAGGAGUUUGGUUACACAUACAUCGCUCCAAGGGAGUACUGCAAAGAGCUGAAGCUGUCGCCCAACAACACACAGUUUCUCCUCGACUUCAGUCAGUACAUUGACAGAAACACUCCAAAUGCAUGUAAUGUGUCCAUGGUGAGUCGACUGAUCCUGGAUGCAGGGCUGACAGCAGAACUGGUUAAACUUUGGAAUGAGCAGACAGUGGAUGGGAUCCUGGCCAGGUUCGUAGCCACAGAUGGAGGAAUCACAAGAGUCUACCCAAAGAGUGCUGGGGAAGAGUGGACGGAAAAUUCAGAGACGUAUGAGUCAAGCUUCUACAAAAGGACCCUAGACAAUGAGAUAUAUAUUUUCACAGCUCCGUCUUUCAACCCAGCAGAGAGCAGGGAGCCCGUUUCUGAGUCGGGUAUUCUAGUGAGCAAAGCGGUGGAGGUCACGAUUAACGAAGUCACGCUCAAACCAGCAGUGGUGGGAGUGAAACUCAAUGUGUCAUUUUGGAUGAACAGUUUCAUGAAUGCUACAUUGAAGCUAAAUUGCAAGGAUGAGAUCUGUGGCUGUCUGAGGAAUGACAAGCAUGUUGACUGUGUAAUACUGGACGAUGGGGGAUUCCUUCUUAUUUCCAAUCAGGAUGAGUAUAUCAACCUGAUAGGUCAGUUCUUUGGAGAGGUGGACCCUGUGCUGAUGAUCAACCUGGUCAACACCUCCCUGUACUCCUUCAACAAGACCUAUGACUACCAGUCUGUGUGCGACCCCGAGAAAGACAGCAAGGCUGCGGCAGGACCUCGCUCCGUUUAUGUGCCUACCAUUGCAGACUUGCUCAGUAUUGGCUGGUGGGCCUCCAGUGCUGCCUGGUCGAUACUUCAGCAGCUCUUCUUUGGUAUUAUAUUCCCAAACCUUCUAGACGCAGCGGAGACAGCAGAGGAAGAUGUACCAGAUACCAUGUUCAAGGAAAGCUGCAUCACAGAGCAGACUCAGUACUUCUUUGACAAUGAUGAAAGAUCCUACUCAGGUGUCCUAGACUGUGGAAACUGUUCCAGGAUGUACCGUGCCGAGAAGCUGCCACACACCAACCUAGUGUUCCUGAUCACUGAUGCCAAGGCAACGUGUUUGUCCUGUGACCCCAGACCGCUACGACAGGCUGAACAACCCUCUGAAGGGCCUGAUCCAUGCGAGCUGGCUCAGAACCCCAGAUAUCGCAAAGGGCCGGACGUGUGUUUUGACAACAACGACAACGAGGAUGAUUCUGACUGUGGGGGCGGGACCUGCCUAAGCCCGUGUCUUUGGCCAAUGCUCGGGCUUCAACUGCUGCUUCUGUGGCACUUCACAUCUUUGCAACACUUAUGACCCCUACAUACACACACACACAUACACACACACACACACACACACACACACACACACAUUCAUCCAUUCACAAACUGAUCAUCAUCCCAUUUCACAAGAGGCCAGAAGACACUCCAGUUCUGCCAUCCAGGAUGUAUAGAGAAUAUGUGCAAUGAGACAUUUUCAUCAGCAUUUCCAUUUUUCCAAUGCCAAAGGGUGCUCAUGCAUUUCCUCCUCGUCAUUUCCAAAAAACAGAGACACAUUUACUGUGCUCAGCUGCGCUCACUCCCAUGAUAUACUCCUUAACACUCUCCUAUGGUGCAAGAGUAAGAGCUAACCAAACCCUUUAAUUCUGCCUCAUUUGUUUCUCGGAGUUCUUUUAGCGGAGGUCGCAGAGUUGUCUCCACUAUGCCAACUGAAUAUCAUGAAAAGACUGUACGUCCACUGACAGCGUUGAUUUGUGUAGUUGUCGAUAUCGUUUGUUGCUUAUUAUACUUACUGCGUAUGAAUCAUUAUGCUGUAAUGAUCUGUUUAUUUUGGCAACCAGUGCAACUAAUAAGAAUAUCCCUUCUGUUUGAGUGUUUUUAAAUGUACUGUACCUAUCUAUUUAUCUCUGUUUUUUGUUUUUUUUGUUCUUACUCAAAAAUCAAAUAGCAUUUUGUGACUAGAUGGGUGUUGCACUGUAGCAGCAUGUGCUCAGUACAGAGCUAAAGACAACACUCUUGACACCAAAGCUCCACACAGUACCAAUACAGUAAUACGCAGCCUACUACAGAGUUCUGCAGGCCAGUUUAUUUUAAGAUAUUCCCUCUGAUGUAGGUGUUCAUCUGUUUUCAAGUUAUGGAGAUUUCAAGAGAGCACACGUUGCGAAUCAAAACUGUAUUAGGAUCUUACAAACUCAAAUAUAUUUGUACUUGGUUUGGACAGCUUUAGUUGUCUUCAAUUUGAUGCAUCAAAAUCCCCAGUGCCUACAUAGUAGCUCAGUCUGUUAUCUGAAUGAAGCAGUGCAUCUGAGUUUGUUUUCCUACCAUGUAUGCUAUUCUAAUGCUAAUGCAUAGCAUGGAGGAUAGCCCUUGCACUGAUAUAUUGAGAAACGGGGCCAAAUCUGCUGCAGUUAUUGAACUUUAUGUUGGCCCCAUAACGUCAGAGAUUUUGGUUAUUGGAAAGGAAUAUAAUUUCCCUCCAUGGUCAAAACAAACCUAAACCAGACUUGAGAUUGCAUUCCGACACCUCUCUUUAUUACUCUUGUCUCCGUUACCCUUUUUGAUCACCGGACUCAGGAGCCAGGAUGACUUUUUGAAUGAGAUCGCGCGUAACAAAUUGACUGUUUCUUUCAUUUUCUUCUCCUCAGUGUUCUCCUCCUUCUGCUUGUUUCCUCUUUGUGUUGCUCUAUAAGUGCUGUGAAGCAGACGCUGAAAGCUCAGUGUCCAAACGCUGCAAUUGUCAUGGGAAAAGCUUGUUUCUGUGUUUGAACGCUGCCUCUGCCCAGGGUCAGCAUCAGGGCCUGUUGGAGAGAUCUAACACUAUUACCAGUGGUAACUUUACAUUGCCUUACUUAAUCAAAAGUCAGUAAGAUCAUAAAUACGUUCCUUCCUUUUUUUUAGCCAGUUUUAAAAGUUAAAAUCAGUUUUCUUCAUGUGGCCCUCAUGGUGACCUGCUGGUGUUGAGUGUUCAGAAAAUGCCUGUCUAUCAAAGUCGCGUGUUGACUUGUGUUUUAUCUGGGGGGGGGGGUCCUGUGUCUAUGUGCAGGCAUGUGAGUGUCCCUCCGAUAUCUGAUUGUGCUUUAAUACUGUACAUGAAUUACUCUUUUGUGGAUCUUGACUAGCCUGAAUAAAUUUUGUAUACAUUUGUACACUUAUACUAUUUACUGUAUAAAAGAGAAAAUGAAAUGGAAGAAAAAUGUUUAUAAUAUGGUGUUGAUUAUUGUGCAGAUAUAAUAUAUUCACAAUAAAAGUGUUGUAUUGUUAUGA